UGCUGCCUGUGCCUGUGCCUGUCAAAAUAGCAAAAUUGAUAACACAAUUAAUGUGCUCUCCUGAAUUUUGACAGAGAAAAGUCAAAAUUCUUGCUCUUACUUUCAAAUCAACGUGUUUGAUUGAAGUCUCCGAGGAUGGCCUUCAACAAAGGAAUGCAUGACAGCCAAACAGCGGCGGGAUUCUUCGAUGAAUCGAUGACCUCGCCAACCGUAGAUAAAAAGAGAGAUGGUCCUAAACGAGAUCAGUCUAUUGGCAACGUCACAAUCCAGCAAAUCUUGGCUUGCGAUGGAGAUAGUUUUACAAUUGGAAGUAUGGAAAUUACUUUGGUCAAAGUUUUGGCUCGAGUGAAACAAAUCACCGUGUCUGCUGUCAAGACUGAAUAUUUGCUUGAAGACGAAACGGGUUCCAUGGUCGGUGUUCAAUGGAGAGACGGAGACAGCGGAAAUGAUGAAGAAGUCACUUCCCCCGUGGUCGAGAACUCGCUGUGCAUGGUGGUAGGGUCGAUCCGCGAGGUCGAAAGCAAGAAGAACCUUCUUGUGCUCAACAUCUGCGCCGUGGACAACCCCAGCUUGGUCACGCAGCAUUUGCUCUCCAUCAUACACACGAAACUGAGCGCAGCGGUCAUGGAAGGGAACGCCGUGGCGCCCAUGGAUGUAGCAGCUGCUCCUGUGAACGGCCACGCCAACGGCAUGCCGGCCCCAACCACUAAGAACGAGAUCAUUGCCCAAUUCAUCAAAAGAGCUGGAGCCGGCAUCGAAGUUGGUGUCGACAGAAAACAAAUCGUGCAGGAAUACUCAAAACAAUACACCGUUAAAGAAAUAGAUGAGGCUCUAGCAUACCUCUGCGAUGAAGGCCAGCUCUACACUACAAGUGAUGAUUCCCACUACAAAUCUGCAGAUGAUUAAUCCAUCUUUUCUUCUAUUGUCAUUCAUUAUUUAACUUCCACUGGUACAUAUUUUCAACAAUUUUUGUUUUCACAAUAAAUAAGAUAAAUAUUCAAAAUGAA